AUGAUGAUCCAAUAAUAUAGUUCCUCACCAGAGGAUUAGAAUCUCCUUGACGAUUUACUGGCUGAUAACUUCAAUGCUAUUACUGAAAAGGUAGAUAGAUCUUUGCUAGAAGAAUUAUAAGAGAAGGCAGUUGAUAGCGAUGAUUAAGAUGACGAUGAAUACGAUGACUUACAAUAGCAUUUAAUUGAUAAUUAGAUCUUUAUGCAGUAACAACAGCAAUAAAAUUUAAUUAGCCAAAAUUAAGCAGAUCCCAAUAAAAUAGAUAUCUUUGAUGAGGGUACAGUUGAAAACCCUGAAAAUGAUGAUUAAAUUAUCAUUGAAAAGCAAAGAAACAAAAAAUAUCAUGAUUAAAUUGCUAUUUAGAUACUCUAAAAUAUAGCUAAUGAACUAAAAAUAACUAAGACUGAAGGAAUCAAUAAUAAGUAAGAUACAAGUCUCAAGUCAAUGAGACAUAUUUUGAGUCAGAAUCAAAAUUUUUACCAAAAGUAUGUACUACAGAAGUAAAUACAAUAGGGAACUGAACUCUAGUUCUAUUACAGCAAUAAUCUAAUUAAACUCCUUUUCAAGUCUGUAUUCGACACAAUAAUGGCUUAGAAAAGUUUAACUAUUUAGUUUACUCUAAGCGUGAGAAAGUUAUUGAAGCUGCAUAAUCUCUACGAAAAUCUCAAGGAAACUACAGUUAAUAGAAAGAGAGAGGGAAUAUUCAAACACAAGCAUGCCAUUGCAAAGCAGAUCAUUAUAGAGAUAUUCAGUUAUCUGAGUCCUUUCUAAACUUUCAAAACUUUGAAUUAGGAUCCUUCUGAUUUAAUUGACUUUCUUGAGAAGUUGCUAGACCUUGAUGAUGAUUCAUAAUAAGCCUUGAUGCCUCAAUAUGAUUCUAUAUCUUAAGAAUUCAUUAUCGCAUCAUUCUAAGAAGUUUUGAAUAAUUCAAAGAAGUAAAAGAGCAAAAAAUAAGCUUCCAAUUCUCAUCAAAAUGAUAAUGAAUUUUAAUCUGCUUAAGAUCCCUACUAAUUUAUGUACCAGAUGUAUGGUUAUUAAAAUUAAGCACUAGAAAUUCCUGAGGACACAGAAUAUUUAGAUGAAACUGAAGAUAAGAACUUAGAAGAUGCAGAAAAAGAUGAUUAAUCUGAUGAAACUUAAAAUGAAAAUCAAAUUGAGAAUAUUGAUUAAAUUGAAAUUAAUUUACCUUAAAAAGAACAAGGAGAAGUCGAUGAAAAGAUAAAAGCUAUAGAAUAAGAUAAAUUCGAUUUGAAUUACAUAGAUGAAUAUGUGAAUUCGAAAGGAUUUCUUUAUUUGCUCUCUAAUUAUUUAAGAGUAAGCCUCACUAUUACAUAAUAAUUAGUAGCCCACUUAGGAUCCAAUUUAAAGAACGCUUGUUUCAUAGUAAGUUCCUAAUUAAUGGGCUCAAACCUUGAAAUGCUCAGGACACAGGCUGGAAAGAUAUAUAUUAACUAAGAUUUAAUCCUUAAAUUGACUAAGACUUAUUUGAACUCAGAUGAUAAACUAAAGCAAAGAGAAGGUCUAUUGCUUAAACUAAGGCUCCUAAUAAUAAUCCUCUCAUAAACGAUAUGA